ACACAUCCUACUCUCUCCGAUCAGAAACUUCAUUCGAGAAUGAGUCAGGAAGACAGCCAAGCUAAAUCAUCACAUGAUGGCGAGAAACACUGGAUGUAUUUGAAGCCUGUUCGUCUAUACGACAUGCUUCUAUGUCACUCUCCAAGCAAACCACGGUUUCUUCGGAGAAACUUGAACUACAAAAAUCAAGAAAAGGGCGAGACAAGGUCCGCAUCUGCUGGGAUGGUAGUUUUCAACUUUAAGGACUUUGAUAACACAGUGCAGAAAACUCAAGUUACGAAGAAUUGCUCUUGUCCCUUUUGCUAUAUGCUAUGUGCUAACUUCAAGGGGCUGCAACUUCAUUUGAAUUCAUUUCAUGAAUUACUUGAAUUUGAGUUCAUGACUUCUGAAGAAAACCAGACAGUUAAUGUCUCUGUAAGACUUGAUGCUUUCAAAACCAAGGACCAACGAAACAUUCGAGAAAAAUUUGGGGAUCUCUCCUUUUGCUCAAAACCUUUCAAGCGUACACAAGUAGGUGGUAGAAAUAUCCCCAAGCGGCUUAAUGUAACCAUUUUACCAAUGGAUCCUCCCUUUUUAGCCGAUGACACAGAAACUGGAACCUCCCUGCUGAACAAUGGAAAUCCUGUGGCAAUGAUGAAUGUACCAGACAUAGGUCAAUCUUCUGGCUCUGGUGCUAGAGAAUCUGAGGGCCCUGCUGCUAAGACUGAGAAUUUUUCUUCCAGCAUCUCACUUCUCCAGACACGCCAGUUCUAUCAUUCUCGCACACUUCAGAUGAUUGAUGAUUUGGAGGAUGUGAGCCCGACUGAAAAAGAUUUCAUGCAUCUUUGGAACUCAUUUGUAAGAUAUCAAAGGGUGAUCACUGAUGGUCAGGUUCCUUGGGCAUGUGAAGCGUUUUCAAAGUUUCACAAGAAAGAGUUUAUCGAAUCCAAACCACUCCACUCAUGCUGGAGAAUGUUUAUGAUCAAACUGUGGGAUUAUGGGCUUGUAGACGCUGUCACCAUCAAUAAGUGCAAUCUCAUAAUUGAGGAUAGCGAAGAUGAUCAUUCAGUCAACACCAACAACAAUAACAGUGUAGAUUAUGGUAUUGACCUCAACAGAAAUGAUACGAUGGAUGUUGACCAUAACGGAGUGGAUCUUGGCAUUGGCCUAGGGAGGAACACUGCGAUGGAUGUUAACAAUAACAAUGUGGAUCGUGGCAUUGACCUGAACCUUACGAUGAAUGUUAACCCUAGCAAUGUGGAUCGUGGCAUUGACCUAAAUAGAAACGAUGUGAUGGAUGCUGACGAGGAUGUCAAUGACAGUUCAUAUCUCUCUCUCUCUUUAUCUCUCUAA